AUGUAUAUAGGCUUGACUUGGGACUCGCGUGAAAAUUGGGCUUUGAGACUAGGUCGGGCUUGCUCAAGACAUUUUUUUGGGCCUCAACAGACAUUUUUUGUGCAAGUGAAAUCACAAACAUGUCCAUGGGGAUAUUAGUUUAUGUCACUACUUAACACUUGUAACUUCAUAGAUGUCCAAUUUUCAAAAUAUUAGGUAGAUAUUUGAAAUGUUUUUAAAAAAUUGGUACCAAUAUGAAAUCACCUUGAAAAAGUGGAUGAUUAUCCGUACUUAACCGUAGAGGUGGGUUGGGAAAACUGAAAAGAAAAAAAACCAAAUCCGAAUACUGAACCCAAAAAAAAAAAGAAAAGUUAAAAAGAGGAAUAAAAAGAAUUGAAAGCGAAAUAAAGUAAAAUUAAAGAGAGAAAUGAAAACAAAAGUGAACUUUUUGGAAGUGAACCCCCUGCUCUGUUGUAAUCCGUGACCCUUCUGGAAACAACCUCCGUUUGCUUUCCCCUUCCUUCCAACUUCUAACCAAAACCCAAAUCCGAACGCAUCACCCAAACCCAAAAGCUUGACCUUUUAAUCAUUAAUAGGUCCAAUUUUUUUUUUCUUUUUUUAUAUAUGUUUUGCAUUCAAUCGUUAAUAUUGACCACAAACAAACCAAGAUUUGAUCAAGCCUCACGAUCUUCAAUCAAUCAAUCCUCAACCGUCUGAUGAUUUGAUGACUCCGGCGUUGGCAUUCGCCGGCGUUUCUGGAGACCAGAGCUCCGGUGCACCCCCAUCAGCAGCAACAAGCAAACCUCAAUAUCGGUCAGAUUUCUCGGCCCUUCUCGUUUGAUUAAACUGGGUUUUCGUUGCCAGAUCAGUCCGAGCAAUAUUAAAGUUUGUCAAGCACCAUGGACUCGUCAAAUUCGGGGAUGCACCUUCGAAUUCGAAGGAGUUAAACUCCAGUUUUAGCUUCAAUACCCCGCCCGUUUCACGGCAGGGGUCGGGGCUUUCGAGGCCAAGGCUUGCGAAGGUGAGGAGGGGCUCGGCCUUUCAGGUUUUGAAGCCGGCAGCCUCUCAGGAAACUGAGUUUUGUCCCGCAUUUAAUCCGUUUCGAACGUCUUUGGAGAGUUGGAAUCCAGUCUCAUCCGGGGCAGAAGCCGGAACUUCAGCUUCUGGGGCAUUUGGGACCCCUAAGACUGGGAAUGAGGCAAAAUUGUUUGGGGCCCAUAGGAUUGAUCCGACUGUGAAUUCGGGGAAAUGGGAUUCUAGUGGAGGUUUGGGGAAAGGAGUGAUUGAUGAGAUGAGGAAUUUGAAAAUUGGGAGCGGCAAUGAGUUUUUGAAUACCAAAGUGGGUGCUUUCACUUUUAAUGCAAGAAGUUUGAAUUCAGCUCCGGGAUUGGAUAAAGGUGGUUUCGUUUUUGGAAAUGGUAAUAAGAAGAACUCUAGUAUUGAUGAAAGCAUUGUGUCAAAGCUUCCCAAGGAUAUGAGGAAAUUGAACAUUGAAGGUGCUGAGAAGCGUGAAUCUGUUGAGGCAGGUAAGGAUCAAAAGUUUAAUUUCAAUGCUAAUGAUAAGACCAAGUUUGGUUCGGGUAGUAUCGACAAUGUGGAUGGUUCUUUGGGCCAAAACGUGGAACCAGAGCUACCAAAUGAGUUGAAGAAGAGAUUGAACAUUAAAGAGACUGUGCAGCUGGAUCGAAGUACUGACAGGCCUUCUGCCGAUGAUGUGAAUAAGUUUGCCUUUGGAAAUAGUAAAAAGGAUAGUUAUUCAUUAGCCGGAACCUCAGAAAAUGUACUUCCAGAUAAGAUGAAGAAUCUGAACGUAAAGGAUACUUUUGAUGGAAGAAAAGGUACUCUUCUGUCAUUUAAUCUACCUAACAACAAUUUGGUCACUUGUUCAGUACCUACAGUUUCAAAUAAUCUUAUUCUUAUUGAUGUAGAUCUGGCUAUGGCUACAGAACGUCUGGAUAUAAAUGAAGUUGAUGCAACAAACAGAGAAGCAAAAGAGGGCAGUUUUGAGUACCGUCACGAUGGUAGUGUUGAUGCUGAAGGCACUCUUGAAGGAUCUAUGUCCGAGGUUGAAACUGAAAGCUUUAAGUCUACAGCUGAGGAGUUAGACUUUAAUGGUGAUAACUCCCAUACUUGGGCAGAAACUGAAGCCAGUUCAGGCUCAUACUUGGAGAGCCAUGAUACUGACGGAAGGAUGCACAUUGGUUUCCCUUCACGGACAGACAAUAGAAGUGGGUCUAACUUCUCCUCUGCUGCCUCUUCUGCUGCUCAAAGUCAAGUAUCUGCAUCAAAACGCCUCCAGAAAAAGAAAAUUCUGGUAAAAGCGGGUCAAGAGACCAAUACUGUAGUUCCAAAUUUUAAGAUUCCAUAUGCAUCAUCUUCUUCACAGUUUUUGCCCUAUUCUGGCACUUCAGCACAUAUGUCACCGGGACAUUAUCAGAAAAUAGAGUCAUCUAACCCACAACGCAGACAUGGAGAUAAUUCUGGAGUGCGUAAGGAACAGGAGUUGAAGCAAGAGACUGUUUCUUUCUCUGCUGAAGCAGCCGCAGCUCAGGAAGCAUUUGAAAAGUGGCGACUAAGGGGAAACCAAGCUUACUCUAAUGGGGAUCUGCCUAAAGCUGAGGACUGCUAUACACAAUGAGUAAAUUGUGUUUCUAGAAAUGUGACAUCUAGAAGUUGUCUUAGGGCAUUAAUGCUAUGCUAUAGCAACUGUUUAGCAACACGUAUGACUCUUGGAAGAAUAAGAGAUGCACUUGGGGACUGUAUGAUGGCUGCUGCAAUUGAUCCCAACUUCCUCAAUGUGCAGGUUAGAGGUUCCAACUGUUAUCUUGCUCUUGGGGAAGUUGAAGGUGCUUCACAACAUUUUAGGAGGUGCCUGCAAUUAGUAAAUGAUGUCUACGUGGACCGAAAGAUUGCAGUAGAAGCCUCUGAUGGCUUACAAAACGCACAGGUAUGUUAAAAGAAUGAUUGAGCCUGAGAAAACUAUAACCACAAAAUAUAUUGUUGACACGUUACUGAUACAGGGGGUGGGAGAUUCUUUAUUUUAUUCUAGUCUUAAUAUUUCAGGGUGAGGAAGUUGAAAGGAUUUUAUAAUUUUUCGAAAUUCAAUACGUUUACAUUCUUGUCAGAAUUUUGCCUUCAUGUAUUUGUACCACAUGAAGUGAGCCUUGAUCCUGUAAACUGCCGUUUUCCUUUUACUAGUAGGGGUUCUCGUGGUUCCUAUGCCGCCACGUUUCCUAUCCUAUUUAUGUGGCUCGUUUACUAAUUUGUAAUCGAAAUAAGAGGACUUGAGUUGAUGUUGAUUGGAAUUGAGAAGUUGUAAUGGGAUAUAGUCAGAAAUCGAAUUCCUAUUAUAGUUUUUUACUAAAUUUUUCUGGAAUCAGUUAAGAAUAUCAAUUCCAUGUAAGUUAUAUACUAAUUUAGAAAACCAAUAUAAUUACUAAAGUGCUUCAUUAAAUAAAAUAGAGAAUUGUUAUGGGCAUUCUAAAAAUUUUAAAAGUGCACUUCAAAGUUUUUAU